AAGCUAGUAGAAACAAAACUUCCUUUACAUGUGCCAGCUGAUUGCAUCAAUUAGCUCUAAAUUCCCUUUCUUGAUCUGAAGAAUCGUGAUGUUCUGCAGUCAUUUUCAGCUUUAUUGAUAUAAUGAGUUUUAUUCUCUGUGUUCAUGUGAAUAGUAUAAAAUUGGAAAAAAAUUCAAAAUAAAAACCAAACUUACAGAAAGCAUGUCCUUUUAUUAAUUACCCCUUUGUUCCUGUUAAAUCGACGCUAGCUCGCGGAGGUGUCCUCUUGAAUAGCUAAUUAGCUCGCAUCAAUUAAAACGGACUGGAGGAAAACUAAGUAAGCUUCAGCGUCGCGGGCAGCCGCGCCCGUGGUUGCCUUUUUUAUAUGAUUGUUUAAAAAUGCACUAAAUAUUCAGAUCUGAGCGUUUGUUCUGAAUGUUUCAAAUAUUUGUUGAAUAUUAUGCUUUCCUUGCUAUUAAAUGUAGGACAUUAGUACUUGAAUGCCGGAACCAAAUAUAUCUGUAGUUUUGACAUAGAAGUAAAACAAACACUGACUAUAGCCCAACCGGACACAGAUUCUUCUAAUACACACACAUGUACCUAUGCAUGAAUGUGGCAAGGAAACUACAAAGGUUGAAUUAAGUUGAAUACGGUAGUAUGCUUCAGUACAAUUUAUGCAGGGUGGAGAAUGGUGUUGGUAUUAAAUAUUAAUAUGAACUUGCACUAUUCUAUACAAAACUGGGCCACUUAUUUCAAAAGUUAUCCACACCAUAACUUGGAAUCUUUGAUUUGGACUAUGCAGGUCUCGGCCAACCAAAAUAACAAUGCAAAAUUAUUGGUAAUUCAUUGGACAUCGUUGAUUUGGAAUAUUAAAAAAAAAAACAUGAGAACAUAUGUUAAUAUAUUAACAAAUAUUGUAAUAUUAGCGGACGAGAGUUGGCGUUUCCAACAUAGAGUCAUCUCCUAGCGGAGCUGCAAAAUCUUUUGGUCCAUGCUAGUUGUAGCACCAAUGUGGUGGCAUGGUAUUCUUCUCGUUAAAUUUUCGUAUUUAAUGAGUACAACGUACAUGGUGCCCUUGAAAGGGGGAGAAAUUUAUCCCUCCCAUGUCUCGCAGCUCCUGCGAUGUCUACUCCUUUUGUUGCUUCCACAAUUGUUUUUAGAACUUGGUUUGUUCUGGUUUUUGUGUGCUGGAACCGUUUUAAAACUCGAUGGUGUAAAACUCUUGUUGGGUGCCCUAGAGCUUUAUAUAUAUAAAGCCAGGCAAUACCCUGCUAUCUGGGGAAAAAGUCAUUUGCAUCGUCAUCCUCGGUGGGGCUAUGUACCCUUCCUCCAGGUGCUCCCUCACCGACCACCUAUCUGUGUCCUACCAUCAUCAGCACCCCGUCCACCUUCCUCACGGGUGCCGACCUCAUUCUGCAUCGCCCGCACUCGCGUCGUCGCCUCAGCUCCCGGUGUCUGCACCGUCCCUUCGAUCAUGCUCACGAUGCAUCACAUCAGUUCGUGCUGCUGCUUGGUCUAGGUUGGGCCGCUGCAAGAUAAACAUGGGGAGAGAAAGUAUAAAACAAACUCAAGGUCUCUCUCUCUCUCCGAGAUGCUGGCCGUACAACGUAUAUUCAGUAUUUAGCAGUGUGUUAUUAAAAUGUCAUAUGAAUCCUAUGGACCCGCCAUAUUCUGAACCAAUGAAAACAAGGUACCAACCGAGAGCAUAUGCCGUCUGGAGCAACCUUGCAUUUUCUAGUGGUGUUUCACUCCGUACGGAGUUUUUGUCGUUUCUCAUUUUUCAUGCGCUACGUUGACUUCAUGCUAUCAUUUAUAUCACCGGGUAUGCCGUGGCACAUACCGUUUACUUAAGAAAGAUUGGAUUGAUCAUUUACCAAUACAAUUUAUCUGAUUCACCCGAAAAACCAACUUGGGAAUUAAGACAAUAUAUCUCUUCAUUUUAGCUUAUGUCCUGGCAAUACUCCCGGCAGUGAAUUAGUCAGAACUAAAACAUAAUGGGUUCCAACUGUUCGCUGCAUCUUGCUUGGCCUGAAGGUAUGGACACGUCCAUUAUCUUUGAUUUGGGAAGAAAUUUUCUACCAAACAUUUGUUUGGUAAGCUUAUGAACUUUACUGUUGACUUGGCAAUUUUCUACGGAUGGUUUUUUACAGGGAAGCACUUACGCAAUGACGUGGAGGUCAGGUGGAGCAAAUAUGGCCUAAAAUUCACGGGAGGUGAAAUUAUUUGUGCCAACCAAAAGGGCGUAAGUCUGAGGCUCUUAGCACUAUUGAUCUCAUGCCUCCUAAAACACUAGCUAAAAAAACGAAGGGGCAAGCCUUACCAAAAGUCCCAGAAACGUAAAACAAAAAAGGUAGGUGUAAUUUAAUUAGGCCCACUCAUCUCGCAUUGAUGAUGGUAGAUUGGAGGAAGGUCUGACCGUCUCUCUCUCUAUAUAUCUGCUGCCAUGAACGAACAGGAGCCCUCCGUUCUUCCUUAAAAAAAAAAACCAGGAGCCAUCCGUUGCAGCGCGCGGGUGAUCUCACUGCCGCUCCCAAUUUUUGGUUUGAUGCGAGAAACCAGCAGCCGUGCCCAAGGUUUCGGUGCCCCUAACGCAAACGGACACCAGAUGUUGAAUUGUAACGCUACAAAUUAGAAAUUAUGGAGUAGAAGAUUGGCGGCGGCACGGGGCGCGCGAGCGUGCGCCUUCCCUCUCGGGGACCGCAGUCCCAGCGCGAUUCCCCAGAGCACCCGGCCCUAUAAAUUGCGCUCCCCGCUCGUCCUGCAGACCAUCCAACUGUGUUCUCCGCUUUCUCUCCAGUAGACUGUUCUUCCUGCAACGAGGCAGCCAUUAGAGGAAGGUUGGAAAAGACUGGAAGGCAUGGCCAGCGGUGACCGAAGGCAUGGAAAGGAACCGGCAGCGGUGGAGGAGGACAACUUCCCAGAGGGGCUGCGCGUGCUCGCCGUCGACGACGACCGCGUCUGCCUCAGGGUCCUGGAGGCCGUUCUGCGCGAGUGCAAAUACAAGCCAACGGGGGUGAUGGACGGAAGGACGGCGCUGAAGCUGCUGAGGGAGAAAGGGGAGGAUCACUUUGACCUGGUGAUCACUGACGUGCACAUGCCGGACAUGGACGGCUUCCAGCUCCUCGAGCUCAUCGGCCUCGAGAUGGAUCUGCCAGUCAUCAUGCUAUCUGUGAAUGGAGAAAAGGCAACCAUGUACAAGGGGAUAAAGCAUGGGGCAUGUGACUAUAUUGUGAAACCCGCGGAUAUCAAGGAGAUCAGAAACAUAUGGCAGCAUGUUGUAAGGAAAAACCACGUUGCUGUGAUCCACAACAGAAGUGACAGUGAUGAUGCUGAUCAGAGGGUGGCACGACCAGUGAUUGGUAAGGGUGGCGCAAAGAGUAAGAAGUGCUCAAAGAAGAAGAGAAAUGAUGGAGAAGGCUCUGAUGAUGACAAGAGAGGAAGAAGGCGGAACACCUGGAAGAAACCAAGGGUGUCAUGGACCGGUGAGCUGCACAACAGGUUCCUGGAAGUUGUCUACCGACUCGGCGUCGACAGGGCGGUUCCAAAGGCGAUAUUAGAAAUGAUGAAUGUCCAUAACCUUAGUAGGGAGAACGUUGCGAGCCACCUACAGAAAUAUCGCUUGUUUCUGAAGAGGGUCACCGAUGACCCCAUGAAGCCUAAUCAUAUGGGUGAUUCGUCUGAAAGCAGGCGAAAUGCCUCGUACAUGGGCAUGAGUCACCAGGGAGUCCUGCCGUCGUCAGCCCUUUGUCCAUGUGGUUCUCACAAUCUCAAUGCAGCUCCUCCAUCAAUAUUAGGACCUCACGGUCUGUCUAUUCAGCCCAGGAACUGGGCCAUGAGCACAGUUGGCAAUGGUGGCCUCAUGCCUGACACAGGAAGCCGCCACGCUUCGGGUCCUCCUGUCGGCCUGUUCGCAAACACAUCAGAUCAGCCAAUGCAGGAUGCAUUUCCUCGUAUCCAUUUCCGUUCUGGCAAAGCCUACCAUAGCGUCCUGCGUCAGAAACUGAUGGAGGUGAACACAAGCGUGGUGCCUUCCUCCCAUCCUGGCACCUCCUCCGUCGCAGCAGAAAUGCCAAAUGGUGGGCAGUUAGAACCUGCAAACCAGUUCCUAGUGCAACCUCGAGAACAGAUCGGCCAUUUCUCCGGUCCGAUGGGCAUGGCACCUUCUGCGAUGGGCACACAUGGCGACACCCAGCUCCCGUACCUUGCUGGGAACUGUACCAAUCCAUGGCAGAAUAAUGUGGCGCCAUCAAGUUUUGCUGGUUCUAUGGUUGGAGCACCUCUCCUCCCAUCAUCACAGGUGAACGUCAACCUCCCCCAGAUCAACCAGACAAUCUUUGCACCCUCAUCUAGCGAGAUGGCCGUGUUUCAGAAUGAGCAGCAGAAUCAGAUGGCAGGGACCAACAUCAACAACACCACAUCAGUAGAUAUCUACAGUCAGCAGAUGACGCCAUUAUUCAACAUGGCAAGCAACGCAGCCCCAGUGGAGAUGACCAAUGCCAACUUCUCACCGAUGAAUCAGAUGAUGGUCAAUGGGGGAAGCACCAGCUCUCCAUCGCUUAACCUUCAGGCGGGCAACCCUGUCGCGCCGCCGGCUCAGAUGGCUAAUGGUGGUGGAAGCAGCAGCUCCGCAUUGCCUGGCCAUCUGGACAGCUCUGUUGUGCCGCCGGCUCAGAUGGUUAAUGGUGGUGGAAGCAGCAGCUCUUCAUUGCCUAGCCAUCUGGGCAGCUCUGUCGCGCUGCAGACUCAGAUGCUUAAUGGAGGGGAGGGUGCAUCUGGCAUUCUACCUGUGCAAGAUGAUCCAGCUAGGUGGCACGAUUCUGAUCAUCAGCCAACCUACAGCACUUCUAACUUCCUGGAGGAUAUUUUUGCCAGCAUGGCUAGUCAGGAUUUCAAUCCAGAUGCUCUUUGGUGAAGAAUAUUAGUCCCUUUGUUCGCCCCACCUGAGCCAGAGAUGUCUCCGCAUUUUGUGCAGGCCAGAUGCUGAUCAUCAGCCCAUGGUUCUUGCACAUUGUAUCUGCGGAGUUGUGCGAAAAAACACCGAAUUGUAGUAGGUAGUUAGAAGCAGGGUGUGGGCUUCUACUUUACUUCAGAUUUGUUUUAAAUUAGUCCUUGUGUUUGAAGGAUCAUAAAAUAACUUUAUGUUGCCGACAUCGAAGAGGACGUGUGGAAUAAUUGGCUAUACGCAUCGUAGAUGCAGAGUCCCGGUUGUAAUAAGACUUCCAUCUAGAAUGGAAAUAAGUUUAUGUUAUGUCAUAUGGAACCAUUUUCAUGUACU